AUGAAUACCAGAAAAUUGCAUAGUACAUUGCCUAAAGGGGAGGACCCAUGUAAUCCCCUAUACUGGUACCCAAGAAACAUACCAAAAUAUUGUGAUUUUCAAAAGAUUCCAAAACCGGUCAAGCCUGAAAAUAGGCCUUUACCAAUGCCUAUUCCUGUUCCAUUACCACUGCCACCUCCUAAUGCUAUUGUACCACUCCCUCCUCCAUCUUUAAUUCCCCCUCCCUUACCUUUUGGAGUGCCUCUUGCACCUCCGAGUCCAAUGAUGCCUGUAGUGGGAAUUCCAUACCCUGCUCCUCCAAAUCCCGGCUUUUCCGCUAUGUUCCAUAAUCCUAUAAUCCCUUCAGUUUAUGGUAACCAAAAAGCGGCAAUGGUUCCAGGUUUACCAGGAAUAGUGACACACGAUGGAGGGAUCAAUAUUUUGCCAUUUUCCGAUGCGUAUUCUGACUUAUUAGAAAAGCAGAAGCAAAAAAUGUUACGUAGAAAACUUCAGAGAAUUCUAAAAGAUUAUGAAGAUUUUCCAAAACCAAGACAUUUUUGGCGUCGGAAGCGAUUAAGAGAAGUGUUGUCUGAAUAG